UUUGCAACUAGUCGUUCACGGACCGUCCCGUGCUCACAUUUUCCAUGUCAAGCCGCGUUCAAGCAUCAAAAUAUUAAGCUCGAAUCCAUAAGAAUAUUCAAAACAGGACAGGAAAUAUAAAAGAAACAAGCCCGGUGCUCGGAUGGGCGAAGUGAAAAUUAUUCAAAAUGUAUUUUCUUUUUUAUUCGAAAGAUAAAAAAGAGAGGAAAACUUGAAGGAUGACAAGAGCGCGAUUUGCUUGGUUUUGAGAGGCUCGAGCCCCUCCGGGCGCUGUUUCUCUCCUUUCUCUUCCUCCGGCGGUUUCCUUCUAGCGCUUAUACUGUCGAGUCGUCGAUCGAGUAUCAAAGUACGUGCGAUCUCGACACGCCUUUAGCGUCCGUUCAGUCAAACUUUGAGCAGACCCGUGAACCGGUUGUAACCCUCAAACUGUUUUUCUGUUUCUGGCGACUGUCGGAGGCUUGUACGUUCCCGGGGGCGAGAGAGCGGGGUGGGGGGAAAAAUAAGAAGCCUUUCGUACGAGCGGUAUAGGCGACAAGUGGCUACAAUUAUUAAACCAACUGUAUUUCGAGCGAGUGGGGAGAACUUUGUUCCGACAUUUGAGAGUUUGUGUGAGUGCUCCUCUCACGAAACAUUUUCAUAUCCUACACCUAAAGCGACCGAGGCACAUUCGCGUUCGUGGAGUGUUUUCGUACGUCGAACAAUCUCGCGAGUGGCGUUCGCGAGUGAUUUUUUUCGUUCUACUUUUUUCCAUUUUUUAUGGAAUAAUAUUAAUCACAAUAGCGGAAAGGUUACAAGUGCUUGUGCAUCGGUCAAAUCUUUCGGUUAAAGAACAUUCGCUCCAGUCUGGAAAGCAGGGCUUCUCGAAAUAUCGGACGAUGACAUCCAUCUCGACCGAUAUGAGCUUCAUGGACCUCCUGCUCGACAGAGAGGAUCCUCUUCUCAAGGACAGCCUCAAAGAUGAAAUCAUCACUGAAGAAAACUAUCGGGAUGACCCGAUUGCCGCGGAAGAAUGGCCGACGAGCACGGACGAUCUGUUCGACUCGAUUUUCAAGCUGGACAAUCAAUUCAACCUGAUUGAGAACGAUCUCGACGAGAUGCCGUCAUCCUCAUCGGACAGUGGGCUUUCGAGCGUGUUGAGUCUCUCGUGCGAGCAGCAAUUGAGUCCGCUCCUGCCGAUCGAGGAAGAUCAGAUCGAAAUGAGCAACUCGAAUCUCGGCAGCCCUCCAAAUUUCAUGGAUUUCGAUUCGCUGGGCAGUCCGAAUCAGUCCCUCGACGAGUCGAGCCCUGCGGACAGUCCGAUCAGAUCGGUCAUGAGCUCCUCGAGCAUCGGCUCGCCCGCUACUCCCCUCGACACCGACCUCAACGAAUCGAUGGAUUUUCAACCCUCCCUUCUCACCCUCGUCGAUCCGAAUCUCGUCGAGGAUCACAACGUUCCAGCAACUGGGAACGCUCCCGUCGCCGCGAGCCACCUUUCAAGCGAUCACGGUGACCAACGAGGACCGAUUCUUGAACGUGCAGUAUCGACACCGAAACAACAAACUCCGAGGGCUGAGACGACUGUAAACAUUCGGAAUUUCACGUGCAAUGGGAAACGCAACAUAAGACAAUUGAUUCGUGUCACUCCGGUUGGCUCUGGUAACCCGAGAUCGAUUUUGCUGCCGGUCAAUCUCAAGGAUAUGAAGGAAGUGCGAACAAUUAAAAUCAUCAAUGCGUCGCAGGCGAGAAAUCUCAAAGGAUUCAAAAUCAAUCAGGGCAGCGUCAUCAGCAAAGCGAUUCCUAUGAGCAUAGGCGUGAAUAUAAAACAGGAAGAGACCGGAAGCGAGAGGAGCAGCGGUAAUUCCGGGGACGAUGUUUCGGAAACGGAAUCCACGCCUUAUCCACGCUUGAAAUUGAACUCGGAGGAGAAGCGUCUGCUUCAAAAGGAGGGAAUAUCACUCCCGAGUCAUUAUCCGCUGACGAAGCACGAGGAACGCGAAUUGAAGAGAAUCAGGCGCAAAAUUCGCAACAAGAUAUCCGCACAAGAUUCUAGAAAGAGGAAAAAGGAGUACGUCGACGGCCUUGAGGAUCGCGUCAAACAAUGCACCGAGGAAAACAUGAGCCUCUUGAAACGCAUCAAGGCGCUUCAAACUCAAAAUCAAAGCUUGGCUGGCCAACUCAAGAGAUUACAGGCUCUCAUACAGAAGGGCAACAAAAGUGCACAGCCGGCGACUUGCCUCAUGGUUCUCCUUCUCUCUCUCGCCCUCGUUGCUGCACCAAGCCUCAGACCACACUCUAAUAACAACAGUGCCAACGAGUUAGCGUCUCGCGACACCGAACAACCGGAAAAAAUGCCCCCGAUUGCCGGUCGCUCGCGAAGUCUUCUUCACACGAAGCAAUUGGACGACGAGCUGCAGCAAUACAGCGAUGAAUUAUUGCAAGAGGUGGAGGGAUUAAUCGAUCACGAUUACGUACCAGCGGCAGUAACGAUGCCGCCUUACAAGCGAGCGCGUUACGAGCUCGAGCACACGAGGAACAGCAAAUACGCAGCGUCGCCUUCGGAGCACAUCGGCGGUACGCUCAAUCCAAAGAUCGAUUACCCGAUUCCAAAGUUUACUAAAAAAUUCUUCGAGCCACCCCUCGACGACGUUUGGCCACCGCCCUCGAAACCGGGAGGGGGCAUCCAACCGGCGACCAAAGUCGUCGAUAAACUCGAGGCGCUUACCAACGAGCUCAAAAUUAACAUCUCAGAUUCUGAUGGCACGAGAACGAUAUUGCUCAAAGUGCCACCACCGCCCCACGAGCAACUCAAUUCUUCAACUUGAUUAUUUUACUAAUCGAACCAAAUCGCGUUGCUUUCUUCUUCCCUUAGUCACACCUACAAUUUUUCACAAAACAUCCAAUUUCCUCGGAUUCCUCUACGAAUUUAUCCUCUUCAAAGAUAUUUCCAACCCGCCUGUCUCCUGCAUAAUCAUCGUUUCUAUAUUCUCGUAAUCAGCCCCACGCGCAACUAAAAAUAUACUAAUCCAUUUGUAAAUACUUAUUUUUAUCUCGAAAAAGUGAAAUUUAUAAAAAACAACCUGAACUUAUGUGUAGAUAUAUUCGUACCGUUGCAAGUACGUUUUUUAAUGUGGUUGAAAAAAGAACAGAGAACCGCUGCUUACCAGACUUGAUCUCUGUUCAAACGAUUCGAAAGCUUGAAUGAAAUAGAAGAUGGAAUUUCGUAUGUUCCCAAAUGUCUGGAUUCGAGUGGAGUAAAAGAAACGAAAAAAAAUGUUCUGCAACACCUUCCACGCCUGAUCAGCAAUAACAGGAUUUUUCAACCACUUCAAUUUCUCUUUUUAGCUAAUCAACGUGAAAAUGUGAAUAAGAAAAAGAAAUAUUUACGUGUAUGACAGAGUUUACGAUGUUACAGAAGCAAAGUCUUCAUUGUAAUUGAUAUAAUGUUUGCAUCGUCUUCUUAUAAGAAAAUAAAGCUAAUUCAACGUUUAAAACGUUACAAGCAUUUGAAGUUUCGUUUAAAAGAAAAAAAAGAAACGAAAAAUAUAUUACGAAAAAGCGUUAAAACAUAAGGUUUUACCGUUUCCGUUAAAUCGUAUUAUAAAAUAGGGCUCAUCGAAGCUGAUGAUUGCAACUUGGAAUCUAAAAAUCUAAUACAUUUAUAUGUAUAGUUUAGGAUUUUUUGCAUGGAUUAACGUUGUUUGCGUUGAAAGUCACUUUUUUGCACCUACAAUAGAAUAAGUGAUCAAAUGAAGAAAGAGAAUUCAAAUUCACUGUCGAUUAUCAAAUUGACUACUUGUCCUCAUUGUUUUAGCAAGAUCGACACGAACUAUUCGAAGGUAUAUUUCUCGUUAAUAGAAUUUGAAUAAUUAAUAAUCGUUUAGCUCUUUAUAACGAUGAAUUGUUACUGACUUAAUACUAUUGAACGAUCGCGAAACUCGUUUUAAAAGAUACAUUAAAAAACGUGUAUAUUGUUAUCGACGAUCGAUUUGAGACAAUUUUAUUUUCUUUCGUACCUCAAAGGCUGUCCAAAAAACGAGCGAAAUUAAAUAAAAUAGCUCCGUGAUUUUUCAAAUGAAAACCUCGGAGGGGUUUGCACCGAGAAAAGCAUCAAGACUGCGUAUCAUUUUCAGAUCACUAAUCGAAAGCUAUAAACAAACAAAGCAUACACAACACUAACACUCUUUAAUUGUUAAAGGAUUUUAAAUACCUAUAUUUCACUUCAUACUAGUUCAAAUAUGAUAAUAUAAGGAAUUCAUUUUUUACAUUGUAUAUGCAUCAUCAUUGGGCGAAUAGUACUCAUCAUGUAACAAAACAACUACGAUAAUGAUAAUAUUAUAAAUAAGGAUGAAAUAUGAAAUAUUAAGCUAAAGUGUUGAGCGAUCGAUGAACUUAAAAGUGAGUACGUUCACCAAUUUGCUUGUCUGCGUGGAAGAAAAUAUAAAAAUGUACUUUUCGCUUGUCAAUGGAUCGUGCGAAAUCUAUUAUUAAGAAAAAGGAAAAGAAAAUAUGGCCCCUGGAAAUAUGAACUUUAUAUACAUUUCUCGCAUGUUUAUACUAGUGUACUGCUCAUCCUGAUGAAAAAAAUAAUAAUGCUUUUUUCUAAUGGAGGAAAAAACGUAGUGGUUGAACACACACAUUCCUAUAUGAUAAAACAAAUGGGCGUACACGAGACAGUAAGGUCAGGUUCUAUUUUUGCACAUAGUAGCGUUUAAGUAUUAUCAUGAUAUGGUUAUAAAAUGAUAUUAUAUUGUGUAAUACGCGUGUAGAAAAUUAUUUGUCGAAUAAAUAAAAAUGAAUGAGCAUGAGACAAAA